AUGGCCAAUGAUUCAUCAAAGAGAGGCGCGAAGGUUCUCCCGUUCUCUUCUUUCUUUUUUCCGUUCCAAUGAUGCAAUCCUUUUCAUUCCCAGUGGUUUUUGGUUGCAGAUGUGUUCUUCUGAAGAUUCUCUAAUGAAUAAUUUUUUGUAUAAUACUUCAUUUUUACUGACUUUCUAUGGGUUUUAAAAAAAAGCACGUCUUAUUUUGGAAAAAUCGGUUGUUUUUCAUACUUAAUUUUGCGAAACUAUGUGUUUUUUUGUAAAAAAAAAAAAGGUCACCAUAAAUCGAUAAUCAGAAAAAAAAAAUCUACUUGGUUUUCAAGCUUCACGAAAAAAAGAUUUUCUUUGGUUAAAUUUUUUUAAAUUAUCGUUUUUGUUCUGGAGUUUUUCGAUGACAUUCGAGAGAUUGAAAUGCAAAAAAUAUAUGGGAUAUUAUUUUUUUUUUCACAAGUAUUUUUAAAAUUAUUACUAGCCUUUUGGAGGGUUUUUUUGGGUGAUCAAAAUUUCAAAACUUUUUAGAAAUAGGAUCUUUUUGAAUCAUAAUUUUUCAUUCCUUAUUUUCUAGGCUUUUUUCAUCAUCAUCAAUUUUCAGGGAAGGGGCGGAGGGAGGCCUGGACGAAAGCCAAAAAACCCGCCACCGGUCAAAAAUGAUAAGAAGGCGCCGGCGCCCGCUCCUGCAAAAAGGUUUCGAAAACGGGGUUUUUAUCGGAAAUUUGUAUUGAAAUGCAAAUGCGAUCGUAAUAUUUUUCGCUAGAAAUGGAAAAGUGUGACCUUUUUAUAGAAGAAGAAAAUUUUCGCACGAUAUUUGACCGCUUAGAAUGACUAAUAAUAAUAAUUAUUAUUUUUCAAUAUAAUUAGGUUUUUUUAUUAGGGUUAUGAAACUGGACUUUUUUUAAUUUUUUUAAAAUUCUCUGAUCUUUUUAUUAUUAUUUAUUUUUUUGAAUUUUGUUGAUCUAAGAAAAGUUUGUCUGCGAAAUUCCUCGCGCCAAACUAAUCUUUAUACCAAACAGAAAAAGUAGAAGAAGGGAAAUAAGUUGUAAAAAAACGAAAAAAAUGAUAGUUUUUAAAAGAUACCGCUUCCGGAAUUUUUUUCAAACUUUUUUUGUAGCUACAUUUUUUUUGGUCAUCAAGAUUUUUGAAUUUUAAAAUCUUGGAGCGAUAAAUACUUCAAUAGACCUUAAAACCCGCAACGAUUAGUAAUGAAGAAACUAGUUUAGAAAUUAAAAAAAUUUAAAGAAAUAGAUUACCAGAAGCUAAAGACACUCCGGAGCAUAUUUGAAAAAAACAUUUCCUUUUUUUAAUAAGUUUUUUUGAAGCUGAAAAGCUCAGCAAAAAAAGGAAAUAAUGCCUUGGAAAAAGUUCUUUUUUUCUUCGUAAUGUAAAUUUUUUUGAACGCGAGCUUGCAAUUUUUUUGAUGAAAUAUGAAAUUAGAAGUUCAUUUUCGCUAAUUUCGGCUUAAAAAAAUUGGUCCUGGUCAGCGAAUUUUUCGAAAAAAAAAGAAAUGAAUAAAUUGAUAGUGUUUCAAUAAUUUUUUUCAUUUCAAAAAGACGUAAUUUUUUUCAGUAAAAGAGGACGGGCGACGACAUCUCGUCGUGGAGCCCACGCUGCACCUGCUCCAGCUCCGCCGCCACCUCCUCCUCCAGCUCCGACAGGCCGAGGCGCUGCCAAAUCGGCCCGAGGCGGUCGUGGAGGUCGGGGCCGCGGCAGGGCCGUCUACGUCCCUCCGAAGCCCGAGCCGCCCAAACCGAAGUUCGACCUCCACAACAUCACCUGUCCCAGGAAGCUCUUCGAUUUGAGUGAGUUUUGGUGUCUACGGAAAUUGAUUAGAAAGAACAUAAAAAGUGAAAAAUUUGAACGAUUUUAAGCUCCUAAUCGAUUGCAUCUAGGACUAGAAUAAAAAAUGAAGGAUUCAUUGUUUGAUUCUAAAAUGAGUUCCCAGUCCCCCUUUUUCUUGAGAGGAACCCAGGUGGCUUGAACUUAUUACCCUGAGGAGCUUUUUUAAGAUUUUGAUGAUUGGUAUUAUUUUUCCCACCAAGAAUUUUAAAACAAGUUUCCUCAUGAAGUCUUUUUAGGACUUGUACAAAAAUCGGUUUGAAAAAGCGAAAGAAAGCAACGGGUUUCAACGAUUUUAGGCUAAAAUAAACCACGGUCUGAACUUUUGUUCAAAGUCUUAUAGAAGUGCAGAAUGAUUGGAUUGAUUAACCUGAAAAGCUGUUAUAUAGUUUUUUUUUUCGGAACUGAUAGUUUUGAAAGUUUCCUAGAGAAGGUUUUUUAUACCCAGAAAAUUAGCCUUUAUAAACAUCUCUUCUUUUUUUUAAACUCAUUUUUUGAGGAUUGUAUUUGAACUAGAUCAAUGAGAUUUUCAUAAACUCUUCAUCGCAUUUAAUCCUUAUCCCUUCAUAAUUUUAUCUAUCUGUGCUUAUUGAUAUGACCAAGACCAUGUCGGAAAUUGCUACAUUGAUCAAAUUAUUCCAGGAAUUAAGCCUUUUUUGAUGUUUCAAUAGACUUUUUUUUCUCCACUCUAAACCUCGAAUAGCGGCCUUUUUAUAGAAUAAUCGGAUUAACACUGUCUGUGGAAGUUUUUCUUUUUUUUUCUUGCAGUUUAACCUUGUUUGUUUGGCGUUUCCUGUUUCAGUGCAAGGAAAUUAAAUGAACCAGGUGAAAAUCUCGUUUUUCUUUUCAUUAGCGAAUUCUGUUCUGUCUGGUGUAAUGGAAGAGAACUUUACUUUUCUAAAUUAGGGCAAGACAUCAUCUUAUCACAAAAUUCAAUAUUUUUUUGAAGCUCUGGAUCGUUUGAAAUCUUUGAAAAAUGCAAAAAUUUUUUUCGAAUUUUUUUGAUUGCAAGUUAGAAUAUUUUUUUCUACAACACAACUUUUUCCUAUGGGAGUAAAUUAAUAAAACUGAAUAAUAAAAAAACAAAAAAAAAUUUUUAGCCUCAGAGUGAUAUGAAUUCAAAAAAAACUUUCUAUUAAAAAAUCCCUUUAUUCAAUCAUCCUACUAGCUUUGGGCUACCAAACGAAACACUUGAUGAGCGAAAAUAAAAAAAUAUAAUCAUUAAAACUGAAAACUCAUGUAAUCGAAGCAAGUGAAAUACAGUGUUCGGAGUGAUUCCGAGAAAUCAAAAAAAUAGCCGUCAGAGAUGGAGAAAGAUAACGAAAUUUUGGAGGGUCAGAGAUAAUUUUGCGUUUCGCGGAAAUUAUUCCGAACACGGCAUCAUAUUUUCAUCUUUUAUCGAGACUUUUACUCAAAUAAUUCCUUUUUUUUACUAUAUUAAAGCUGGAUAAAAUAAUUCGAGCAGUUUGAAGCCAAAAUAUUGAAAAAAAGGAAAAAAAUGUUUCAUAGAGAUUUUUUUGUGAAGAAUAUCAAGAUAUAUAAAAAUUAAUUAGUAUUAGUAUCAACUGAAAUUCAGAAAAUUUAACUAAUAUUCAAAACUUCAGAAAAACUGCGCCUUCCACGGUUCGCAACGAUCCAAGCCGGCUGGAGACGCAAAAUCAAACUUGUCCGUUACGCGGGAUCAACGCAUCUGAUCCGGUUGAGACGGGGCCGGAUCAGCAAACGGCGGAUCCGACUUAUUAGGCUUUUCAAAGGACAAUUUUUUCGGGUUCCCUCGAAACCGGUAAGCCAUAUUUUUUUAUAUUGUAACGGUCAAAAAGAGAAGCAAAAUUUUUUUGAAUUAAUUUUAAUAAAAGUUAGGAGAGUUAUGUUGAAGUUUUUUUCACUUUUUUUCUCGAAUUUCGGCUCAUUUCACAUUUCUUAUUUUUUUAUAGCGUUUGUUGAAUUUAUAUUUUUUUAUUCUUUGAUUAAAAUUCAUUCGAACCCGGGAAAAAGGAUUUUUUUAAGAAAAAAAUCUGUAAAAAAAGUUUCGAUAGGAAAAAAAGUGAAUAAAAAAACUUUGAAAGUGAUAUUUUCACUUUUUACAUUUUGAGAUUUUUCAAUUAUUCCAAGUCAUUUUUCGAUUUUUUUGUUCGUUGUUUUUUUGGAUGAAAAUAUAGUUUUCAAGAAAACAUCCGAUAUGUUUCUUCAAUUUCCUGUUUCUAUAUUCAAAUUAAAAAUUUAGGAAAUUAAAGUUUUUUUGAUUUUUUUGGUUGAAUUCCUUCAAAAAAAGGAGAAACAUUUAUUUUUUUCUCUAUGAGAAUGAGCAAUUAAAAAUAGAGACAACGUUCUGAAAAAAACAAAUUUUUUUCAUAAAAAAAUUUCUCUUUUUUGACGGCCAUUCAAACUAAAGUUCCCUUUUUAUUUACCCGAGUCUUUCAGGGUGUAUUUUACGGGAAGAAAUAUGUUUUCCGACGGGCGCCAAACAAUUUCCAACGUCUUCGGAAGAUCGGAGCCGUCGGAGACGUCUACAUAAAUCCCUACGACAAGGAGCUGGAAGAGGAGGAGCUCGUGGCCAUGUUCAUGCCUCCGCCGAGGCCCAUUGACAUGGACAAGGAGUUCCCGAGGAUCAAAAAACCCGUCCCCAAAAAACCCCCGGCGGUCGUGAAGCAGGAGGAAAUAAAGGUCGAAGAACCGCCCAAGAAGGAGGAAAAUGGAAAGAAGAAGAAAAAAAAGAAGAGGAAGAGGAAAAUCGUCGUGAAUGGAGUCCUGAAGCGGAAGCUGGCCAAGAAAAAGCUGAAAAGGGUCGGUUUUCCAUUAAAUUGUGUAAAUUGACUGGUUAAGCCGUGGGCUUUUAUCACCUUCCCCCUCAAGAAGAAGCUGAAAAAGCCCCCAUCGGAUGAUCUAAAUAAUUUUUUUGAAAUCAUUUCAAAGCUUUUUUUGAACCCUUUGCGAGCCAAAUGUAUUGGCUAUAUCUUAUCCUAGUCCUGAAAUGGCAAAAAAAACUCAAAUAAAUUGAUGUACGAAAACCUUAAAAGCUUCUUUUUUUCUUUUCAACGUUUUAAAUUUAGGUAGUUUGAUUUUAUUCGUAAAAACUCGGAGGAAAUUUUUGAAGCUAAAUAAAUCUAUUUUGUGAACAUUUUUUUGUAUUAUGAGGAUGAUACAUAUCCUCAAUUCUAUUUCAAAUCACCUGAAAAUUGGUCAGAAUGUAGAUUACGCUCAUUUAUAAUGAAUAACGUUGGAAUCCGACUGAAAAUCGAAUUUCAAAAUUAAUCGCAAGUUUUGUCAAACUCAAGUAGCUUUAAGGUGUAGUUGUUGUGACGCGUUUGAGCCAUUCUCCCUGCGACCAUUUUUUUUUCGACUCUCAAAAAGUGAAUGAUAAACAAAAUUUGGAACUUUUAAACUGAUCUAAAUCGUUUUCCAUUUUCAAAGUCUAUUUAAGAUAAAUUUCCAAUUUUUGGUGGCGAUAAGUUCAUAAUACCCCGCCUUUCGGCGAGUUCACUUGAGUUUCCAUUAAAACACAAGUUUUUUUCAGAGAAAGAAGAAGAAGAAGAAGAAGCAGAAGGUCGAGAAGGUUGUCGAGUGCGACGUGAAGCCCUCGACUUCGAGCCAAAACCCUGACUAUAUCGAAAGAGAAGUCGAUCUGGUCAACCGGCCGAUUCCCUUCAUCGAAGAGCUCAUCAUCGACGAUUUCUCGCUUUUGCUCUUUUCCUGCUUGGCUGAUGAGAAGGUCAGGAGUCUUUUCAGUUCUUGCAAUCCGUGAAAUGAAAAAAAUAGUUCAAAGUUUUUCAAAAAGAGCUCCGAGAGCGUUUGAUCGAAUAAGCUUCAGGAAAAAAACAAACUUGAUUUUUUUCUUUAUUUUUAACCUGAAUUUUUCUUCAAAGGUCCGAGCUAUUUUUCAGUCUCCGCAAUUUGCAUAAUUUGAGAUUUUCAGUAAAAAGCUUCGAAAGCGAUAAAUAAAACAGGCUACAUGAAAUAUUAUUCAUUGAUUUUUUUUUUUUGAGUUUCUACAAGGUUAAUGUUAUUUUUUGUUCUCUCAUUUUCAUUUCAAGUGUUUAUUCGCCAUUCCGCAAUCAGCACGACAAAUACAAAAAAAAAAUAAAACAUCAAGACAAUCAAAUAAAUCUAACAGCUGAUCUGUGGAAACGGCUGGAGGAAAAGAUUGUCUGAGUAGACGGUGCUAACCCCCAUUUGGUAUUUAAGUUUGUUCUUUGUAUUUUUUAAUAAGUUAGAAUUUUUCUAGUUUUUAGUAGGAUCUAAUGAUUUCAAAAACGAUGUGUUUGAUUCGAACCAUGAGGUGAGCAUAAUCUGAAACUUGCCGAUUUCGUAUUCAAUGAUAGUUUCUCUCUCCAGUUGGUUCCAAAUGGGUAUGACUCUAUGAUUUAGGAAGCGUUGUUUGAUCAAUUCAUUCAUUGGUUGAACAAGUCUCAUUCCAUUUCCUCUGAGUUGAUUAUUUCUACUCGAAUUCAUCAUUAAUUUAACAGGCGACUCACUCCAAAAAUAUCCAUGAAUGUAUUUGUGAACGCAACAAACGUCUUUAAAAAGUCUUCUAGUCCAUAACGUCGAUAGUUUCAGUUUGGCUAAUCUACUGCGAUAAUCCAAUUUCGGAUAUAAUCUUUUGGUAAAUUUUCUCUGGACUGAUUCUAGUUGAUUUAUAUCAUUCAAAUUUAGCGGGCACAUUAGUUCGGAUCCGUACUCAAUGAUAGGCAAGAUUUUUGGCUUUAUAGCAUUUUAGAAAGUUAUUUUUGAGAGAAAUGAAAAACAGCGAAAUAAAUUAUUUAUUAUUUUUCAUACAUUUUUUUGUACUACUAUACUCACAUGGUGCCCCAUUUUCAGAUUACUCGUGAAGAAGAAUCCCAGGUCUCUGACAUUUUGUUUAGUGCUAAGAGUUUGAUCGUUAAUUUUGUAUGUACUGGGUUCUGUCUUUUUUCCAAACUGAACUAACUCCGUUAGAAAAAAAACACGAUGAUUUUGCAGAUAAUGUAAUUAGAAUGAGAAAAAUUGGUGAAUAAAAUGAGCUUCAUGAAAUUUUUUUCUUUGAUUUUUCUUUGUUUUCAGCGCUGAUAUUUUUUCAGUCUCAAGAAAUUGAUGAAAUUUGGAUACUUGAAGUCCUAACGCAGUGAAAAAAAUUUCUUUCGAUUUUUAUGUAAAAUCUUAGAAACUGAAAUCUACAAGAAACUCUUUUUACUUCAACAAAAAGUUCCAAGAAAUUAUUGAAAAAAAGCUGAUUUUAAUCAGUCAAAUGCGCUCCGUGGUUAAUGAGACCAUUGAAAUCAAGUUUGAUGUUUGAAAAAUAUUUCUUCCUAUCGUUUCUGGUAGCUAUUGUAUUUAUUUUUAUUUUUGGGUACCAAGAGUUUGAAUUUUCCUAUUGUUUAAUCAGUUUAAAAGGUUUUUUUGCAGCAGUAUGAAAGGGAGCUGAUAGAACGGAAGAAACGAUUCAUACGAUGGGUGAGAAGAAAAAAUCGACGAAUAAUGAUGCAGCUCGUCAGGAAACGCGAACGAGUUCGACGGAAAAAGGUACAUUUUUCUCACUAUUUUUCUUGGUCCCCAGCUCAAAAAAGAUUGAAAUGUUUCCACUGCUGUAAUCUCUAUAAUCUCUUGAUGCGAUUUUCCCGGAAAAAAAAAACUCGUGACCGACUUUUUUUUAGUUUUUGAUGUUUUGGGGCUGACUGACGUGCUGUAAUGUUGUUACACUAUCAUCUGGUCAUCCUCCUUCUUUUUUUUCUUGUUACUGCGAUUUUGUGACAAGAAGGGUUCAGAAAAGAUCGUUUCGCAAUGACUCAAAAGAGGAAGGAAGCGAUUGGGAAAAAAAUAUAGGAAGUACUGAGAAAAUUUUGGAUGGAUACUUUAGGGUUUUGACGAUUUAGUGGCCACUAUAGUAGUCUAAUUAGUGGCUGAAAACUAGUGGCCACUUUAGGAGUCUGAGUGGCACUACUAGAUCCCUAAAAACCACUAAAGUGGCCACUGAAACGCAAAAUAGUUAGAGUGGCAACUUCAGUGUUCCUUUCUAAGAAGUCCUUGAGGAGCCUCUUAAGUGCUCACUAUGAUUUUUUUCGAAGACUGGGAAAAUUUUUAGAGGCCACUAUAGGGUUUUGACGAUUUAGUGGCCACUGUAGUAGUCGAAUUAGUGGCUGAAAACUAGUGGCCACUUUCUGAGUGGCACUACUAGACUACUGAAAACCACUAUAGUGGCCACUAAAACGCAAAAUUGGGGCUUCUGUAGAUGGGUUUUUUGGCCACUUUGGUGUUAUCUCCAAGUAGUACUUGAAAAACUUCUAAAGUGGCCACUAAACUUUUUCCCGGUAAAUUCUAGUUAAUAGAAAAAAAUCAUAGCGAUUCCCGCUGGUUUGAGGUGCGAAGAUUUUAAUUGAAAAAUUAUUGAGAAUAGAACUGCAGAAUUUCAGUAUUUUUCCAGCUUUUCGUAUGAAAAAAAGCUCCCCAAAUAAUUGAAAUUCUAUAAUUAUUAUCCAUUUUUUUCUCCCUUUUUUUGAUAGUUCAAGCUAGAUUCAACGCCACACGCGAAAAUCGCAAAGGAAAUUGGAGCCAAUUAGACGGUUUUUUUUUCGCGUCUCCUUUUUUUUUCUCGGCAAGGGAAUUCACUCCUAACGAGGUUGCCCUCUUUUCCAUUAGUGACAAAUAUGGGAAAGAGUGGAGAAGAGUGCAAACUUUUGCACGAAGAUCUUUGAAACUCUGAGAAUUUUUCUUUAUUGAUCGGCUAGUCAAGCAAAGCUCUAUACGAUAGAAAGUACGGUUUCUCAUUUUGAGGCGUUUCUUGAAGGUGUAAUAUUUUAAAACGGUAUUAUUUCUCGCUGGAGCCGUUAUCAGAUUAGGGAAUUCAAAGGAAAGUUUUGAAAUUUUCAAAAAAUUAGAAAGAUUUUUUUGACUUUUAUUGUAGAAAAACCCGCAGCUUUCAAUUCUUAAGUUUCUGAAUGAUUUUUCUAAGUUUCAUUCUAAUCAAAAGUAACAUUUUUCUCUAGUUGUGGUUUCUUAUAGCUUUAAAAAAGGAAAUUUCUAUUCUCUGUGUAGUUCGAUCAGUUUGAACUCGGAAAAUGAGGAAGAGAGAAAACAUGCUCAAUUAUUACCUUCUCUCUGCAAUGGACCGAGAAAAAAUAAUGAAUAAAACACGUGUUUUCUUUAUACUUGGGGAUACCAAUGGGAAGUCGGACUUUGACCUUUGACAGCUUGAAAAUCAUAAGAACUUCAAGUAAAAUGAUUGUUUUAUAACUCAAAUCUUUUUCUGAAAAAUCACUUGUAUACGAACUUGAAGCCUGAAGAUGCAGAUUUUUAAAGGAAAAAUUUGGGACCAGGAAAUGAAGAUUUUUUCUUCGAAUAACUCUCUUCUUUUUCAGAAGUUCAUACGAGAUUUCGAGCGACUGAAGAAGAAACACGCGAGGAAAGUCCGAAGGGCGAAGGUAGAAGCUGAGCGACGGACGCGCUACCUGCGACUGAAACAAGCGGUCCGCGAGUCGCUGGCCGCCGGCCGAGUCGACGGUAACCUGCUCCACCAAUGGCUGGUCACCACGCAGAAGGAGAAGCUGCGACGUCGCGACCGACAACAACGACUGCGACUGCAUCGCGAACGCGAGGCCGGUCGCAGAAUACGCAGACGCGUCUCCUUCGUCCGACGCAUAAGAUUUCCCAUCGCGCGACUUCAGCUGGUCGAACUCAUGCAUUCGAAGCCGCUCAAGGGGAAGAAGGAGAUCCUGGAGCACAAGAGGAAAGUCGAGGAGAAGAAAAAGGCGCUUCAUCAGAUGGUCAUGGAUAAGUACCGCGUGGAGAAGAUCAGAUGGGACCAUCGGAGACAGAAACGAAAAUUGGCCCAGGCCGAAGCCAAGCUUCAGCAACAACGUCGUUUCCAGAAAGAAACUGCUUUCCGGGAACGAAUCAGAGUCUUCGUGAAUUCCUGUGAAGAACGCCGGAAACUUCGCGGAGAACAGCCGAAAGAAGAGCCCAUUUUUGACCAGAAGGCCGUCUUUCAGUCGCUUCAGGCCAAGUUGGGAAGGGUUCUGAAAGUGAUGAAGAAAGAACAACUUGCCGCGAAGAUAGCCGAGAAGAAGAAGGAGUUGAGAAAGCAGAGGAAGGAGAAGAUGGAGAAGAUCAAGAAGGAAGUCAAGAACGAGGUAGAUCAAAAAGACGUCAAGACGACGCCGAAGAAGAAGAAGAAGAAGAUCAAAGCACAGCCCAAAAACGCCGAAACAAAGGUACGUCUUUAUUUGUUUUUAUUCCGUUUUUUUUUUGCUCCCCAAAGUUUGCCGAUGUUUUCCUUUUUUCACGUCCGACACAUUGAAGUGGGUCGUUGUUGUUUCUCUUUCUCUCCGAUUUUCCGAUUUUGCCCCGCUUUUUUCGUUUCGGACCUCUCAUCAUUCGAUUUGGGAAAAAGGCUUUUGAGAAUCCCAUUUAGAAAAUUUAAGUAAGUUGAACUUCAAAUUUUCUUUGAGCUGAUUUUUUUUAGGUCAGCUGAGUUUCAGAAAAAGUUUAUUCUGCGAAUCGCUUUCCCCUGAAAGUUUUGUGUAAACUUCCAAAGUUUUUCUUAAUAUUCCCAUUUUUUUUUCCUUUUUUUCAGCUGUUCCAAAUAUAUUCAGCUGUUUGUGGUGAAAAAUCCCAGACACUUUCCUAGUAUUCAAUCCUUUUUUUCAGUCAUCCGACAGCCAUAAUUUCCUUUUUUGGUUUUUUUUGAGUCCUGUAGGCGUUUGCGAUCUACGGUCGAAAGAGGAAAUUUCAGUUUUUAGCUUGCAACACCUUAUAAUCAUUUUUUUAUUUCUUGGAACUCUUUCAAUUGAUACCUUACAAGGGAUAAUUUCCAAUGUUUAGCUAGUUUGGCUUCAUUCUGAGAAUGGAAGCUGAUUUAAUUUGCACCUUGAUUGGGGUAAUUUUAGUGUUUCGCUUCAUUCAACUGUAAAGCAUAUAAUCAAGUUUGUUUAUCGGAAUUUUUGGUGAUUGUUACCUUGAAAAGGCGUAGUUUUUACUAGAAAUGCUGACAUUUUGUUUUGAAAAUAGCAAUUUCAACUUGAUUUUUGUUGAAGUUUCUGUCUGUUUCUUUGAUGUGGGAGAAAGGCGUCUAUUACAUCCAAUUCACGGCGAUUUGAGGCAUUAAAAAAACAGAACAAAGUCUGAAUCUAUACUAUUCCCAUGCUAUUUUUGAAGAUAAUUUUGAAAUUCACCUUUCUUUUCUGAGCUAACGUCCAAAGGCAGUCGUGCAUGAGUCACCCUUUCAAUUCAAAAUUACAAACGUGACAUUUAUCUGAAAUUAGGAAAUGGUGUUUAUACUUUGGUCUUCUUCUAUCUUUUCUGCCAUAGAAAAAAAAAAUAAUUGCUGUGCAUCCUCCCAAACCAGGAAGUAAUCUCCUUUCAGAAAAAAAAAACCGUUCUUCUCCAUAUCCGAUGAUUUCACAGCCCACGUAUUCCAAUUGGGAAGGGAAACUGAAUUUGGAAGAGAAACCGGAAUUUGUUGGUCCCCACCACCGAAUUGUUGUUUUUCUGACCACCACGAGUCUAUCUCUCAUUUUGGAGAAGAGAAAAGAGAGAGAGAGAGAAGUAUCGUAGCAAGUCAAGGUUGCGCGGCGGCGACAACGGCGGCUGAUUCUUGCUCCCUUUCUGCAUCUCUCUUUUCUUUUCCUUUUCUUUUUUUUUUCUUUUUUUUUCCCGCGCGCACAUCUUCCGCCGCCGAUGUCUGUCCACGGGAAAGUCGUCUGACACGGCCGGCUGUCCGUCUGCACUCUCUCCAUCUCUCGCUAUCCGUCCAGCCACUCUAAUUGCCAGCCGGCUGGCCCCCAUGCAUCAUCGAUCUCUCCGUCUCUUGCAAACGUCGUCCGAAAAUAAAAGAUGGAUUGGGCACCACCCACAAUGACGCGCCGAGUUCCUCGUCUUUUGGAACUUCUCUCCUCGGAGUCGUUUUUCGGGACUUGUUGGGUGAAACUUUAGCCUUCUCGGUUACGGUAGUUCCUAGAAGUUUUUCACGAAACUAAAGUUGAUCUGUAGAUGGUUUACAGAACCUAUAGCUCGAUUCGGGAUAUGAAAGGUUUUUCAGAGAAAAAUUUUUGAUCUUUUUUAGUAGGUUUUUGAAUCUGUUUUAAAGUUUUUCACAAAUCAUAGCUUGGUCAUGGUACUGUCCUCAGAGCAAUUUCGAGUCUUUGAAAUUCAAAAUUCAAGAGGUUAGCUUCAUAAAUCUUUGAUAAUCCGCUCUAAAACAUUUUGAGAGACUGACCGGAAAUUUCGAAGUUUUCGAAUUUGAAAUAUUUUUUUCUCAGUUCAAUCUAUCUAUCUUAUAAGGCUUUUGAAUUAUUCUUAAAAAAUCAAAUUAAUAGUUUCAAUCGCUUGAAUUUGGAGAAAAUACGGUUUCUGUCAAAAUUGUGGUCCUAACUACAGUGUAGUUUGACGUCCUGCAAAACGGAAAAAAAAGCCAAUUACUCAUUUCGAAUUCCAUUUUCGUGUGAGAAAACAGAAGGAAAACUACAUUUUAGUCCUAUUCAACAUGAAUCAAAAAGUUUGCCCAUUCGAACUUUUGAGUAGUUUUAGAUAGGACUUCUUUGAAUUCCCGAAAGGAAGCCAAUUUGAGAUUUUUGCUCUUCAAUUCAUUUCUAAAAGGAUUAUUUAUCAAAUAAGUCUUCUUCCAACUUAGUCAAGUGCAAAGUUUAAUAAACUUAAAAGAAAAACAGAUUUCUGAUGUCCCAAGUUAUUUUAGUGAAUCCCGGUGACUGAAUUAAUUCGUUUGGAGUUUCAACCGAGAGAGAAAGGUGCAAAGGUGGAAAAAAACAUGUUUGCGUCUACAAUUUAUAAAUAAUAAAGUACAUUAUACGCCCUUGUUAAUUUAAUGUAGCGAAAUCGGCGUGGUUUUUCGCCUUCUGAGGUCACAAAUUGAUUCGAAUUCGAUCACGGAAUAUCACCUUUUUUGCUGAAACUUUCCUCACCUAGACUAGACAUUCUCCUUAUUUUUAGGAGCGACAGCGUAGUCUAUUUGCCAUGCACUUGAUAAGGCGUCGUAUAAUUUGAUGACCCCUCUCUGCCUUCGUCUUCCCUCUGCCUUUCAUGUCAGGCUGCAAUUGCAUUGAAUCGAAUUGAAUUGGCGGGAGUAGGGGCGGUUUAAUUGAGAAGUGGCAAGCGCCAAAACCUACACAUAAUCCCAACCAAUCCUCACUUUCAAAUAGAGAAUCGGACAAGCGAAAGUUUCUGGUCCGCUUCGCGAUUUUUCGGCUUUAAUCGCGGAAGUUUUGUCGCGAUUCACUACAUCCCAAGUCCAGUACAAAUUUCCGUUGGAUUAAAUCUUUUUUUUUCUCUCACUUUUUUCCGUCGUUGAGCUCAAAAACUAGCCACAAAUCAACAUUUUGAAGUGUAUGUUUGAACUAGGCGCGCUACAAUUCGUUUGUACUUUGCUCUAAGCUUCUGGACGAGAGGAUAAGAGUCUAUUCAAACAUCUGGCUUGUAGAAUAGAGAAUGGAAAAGACGUUUUCAAGCUUUGGUUGAAAAUUUUGUUAAGCCUUAUAAAUAGGAUUUUUUUAAAGAUUUUUUUCUGAAAAAUAUAUCUUUUUUUCAUUCUCGAUAAAAAGUGAAGACUUUUUUUCCCCCGAUUUCAAAUAGUUCAGUGAAUACAAAAUGAAAAAUCGAUUGAAUUCAAAAGCCCUUCCUCUCAAAAAAAUUGUUUUUUGAUUUUUUUUAAUGACUCAAGGUCCAAAAACCAACGAGUUUUCAAGCUUUUUUCAUGUCUUCAAUUAGACUUAAUAAUCGUUCGGUCAGUUCAUUUUAAGGCUAGAUUUUUGAUUAAGCUCUUUUCAGGACUAUCUAAAGUUCCCUUAGAUAACAGUUUUCAAGUUUUUCAUGCCCUCAAAUCAGACAGACACCCGAAAAUCGGUUAGUCAGUUCGUUUCGCGCCAGAUCUUUGGUUCGAACCUUGUUAGGACCGUCUAACCUUUCCUCUCAAAAUCAAAAAUCGCACUCACUUCAAGUGUGUUGGAACCCUUCAAACAGACACACUCGAAAGUUUGUUCCUCGUUUGCUCUGAACGCUCCCGACCGACGUUUCCUCCUCCUUUCCCGCGGACUGGCGGGGGGUGCGCCGGAGAGAGAGUGCGCCAAAAAAAGAGCGCGCCUGUUUACGUGUGUCUUGUGUGGCGGCCCGAUGACUCGACGUCGUCAUAUUUGCAGAGGGAGAGACCUCCUCCUCCAUCUCUUUUUCAAUUCUCUCGAGACUGUCUGCGUCUCCCGCUUUUCCGCACUCUCUCCUCUCUAGUCUCCGUCUCUUGUUUGCUUUCUGGUUUUUAUCGGUGUCUGUGCUCUGCGCGUCUCUCACGUUUGUUCUUUUGGGUUCACACCAAAGGACCAGACUGAAAAAUUGCACUCUCGGCCGAGGGCCGUCGCUUCCUCGUGACUUCUUCUUCGUUUCGGUUCUUUUUUGCGCAUCGCUCUGCCGAAAAGUAUGCGGUGUUGUUUACACUGUGAUGGCGUCCUGGAAGAGAUAGAGAUAUAGGUACAGGUGCACCCGUCGGUGUGUAAGAGUUGUCUGGCUGUUUAAUAAAUGGUUUAUCUUGAGUCAGGAUAUAAAUAAACUCGGCCCUUUUCGCUGGGUUGUAACAAGGCUGUUUUCGAGCAACAGUUGAUAAAUUGAUCUUUUUGAUCUUUCUCCUGCAGGUUUUGCAAAAAAAAAAAAUGGAAUGAAGUUAAAAGCAAGUUGAAUUCGAUUACACGAGACCGAGGAAUUUUUAUAAUCGUGAGAAAUUUUUCCAUAAGAAGAGCGAAUAUUUUCAAAAAAUCAGGAAUAUCCAUUGAAUUAAAAGACGAUGACAAACUCCUAAUAUGAUUGAAAAAAAUCCCUUUUUUUCAAUUUUUCAAAUCCUUAUUAACAAAAAAAGAUGAAAUUGAUAUUUUAAUUAUUUCCUUAUACAAUUUAUUUUUCAAAAAUCGUUUUCAGGAAUCUUAAUAUGGAAUGAAAUUGUAUUUUUCAAAACCCCCAAAGUUUAAUUAAAAUUUCUAAUUAUGAGCGUAAAAAAACAGCCCAUUUGAAAGAAGGAUCUUUAAUUAACGGCGGAUUAACUCGGCAAGGGUUUUUGAUCUUUCCUGAUUCAAUUCUCUCGCCUUUUUUCUUUCCUUCUCAGUCACAUGUAGUUCAAACCUUACAAUUAAGAUUACAUAGACGGCAAACAUCUUGCCUUUUGUCUGCUUAUCAAAAGAAGAAAGGAGAAGAGAGGAAAAAGAGGAGUUUGCAUAGAUAAAGUUUAACGUCAUGUGACGGGGCACGUUCCAACUCAAACAUUUUGGUCCCCGAGUUGUUCUUUGGAUCCUUUUCAAGUGGAGGAGAAGAAGAAGGAGGAGGAGGCUCCGUCUUUUCUUUUCUCUCCUUCUUCUUAUCCUUUCACUUUUUAUCGACCUUGACUGUUGUCCUUGGCAUCGGUGUUGGUAUUGGUACGUCUGCAAGAUAGAGGCAGGGAGCAGAGAGAGAGAGAGUUUAUCGUUAUCGUUAGUUUGCGAAUCGCGUUUGGGUUCCUUAUCAUUUUUAUUCGAUGGUCGCAGGGCCCGAAACAGACGUCACCACGUACACUUGAAAUCCGAUCUCGCGCUUUUGAUAUUCAAUUCCUCCCUCUCCCCCCAUCGUUUUUCGCCGCCUCAUUUCGUCCUUUGCUCUCCAGCAACAAUCGUUUUUUGGGCUUUUGGUCUCCAAAUUGAGAGAAUUGGUUCUCAUGGACCGCUUUUUCGCUUUUUCAAAAAAUGGCUUUGGAUGCAGUUCCUGAAAAGUUACAGUAAUUUCUUCUUUUUUUUUCUUGUUCUAGCGGAAGUUUAAUAUAUAUUUGAGAGGCUUUAUUGUAUGUUCAAAAAAGUUUGAAAAUAGUUGAAACGUGUACUUGCAAAGGAUUCUUUUCAGAAGACUUACAGUAGUCCAUACCUCAAAUUAGUGAAAAAUAUUUGCAAAAUUUGAAGCCUGUUUUGACUUUUUUACACCUGAAGAAGCAUUUUUCUGAUAGAGUUUUUUCUUAGAAGUAAUCUUUUAGUUUUUCAAAAAGGUUCAAUUUCAAAAAAACAGAGUUUAAAGCGAUAAAAAAAACUCCAAAAAAAUUAAAUCGGAUUAAUUUAUCGUUAAUUAGAAAGAGUUUCCCUGAACUGAUUGAUGUUUCAAAACUUGAUAGAUGACGUUUUUCUUGUUUCAUUGAUGCGAUUUUGCAGAAAAACCCUUUUAGAAACAACAAUGAUCGUAUUUGGCGAAGCGGAGUUUAGUUUGUAGUCAAAAGUUGAAACCUUGCGUUUUUGUCGUCGUAUUUGUGUACUUUUUUUUUGGAGUUUGACAAAUAGAGAGAAGAAUUCCAGUGGAGAGUUGUUCAAAGAUGUAAAAAGUAAACGAUUUUUAAGGGAUUUUUGUUUUCCUUCUGAAAUAUUCACCUUCAAAAAAAUGUUUUCACAAAGAUCACAAUUAGCGAGUAUCACAUUACGGAAGUGAGACGAGGAAGAGAAAUUCCAGAAACUUUUCGCGAAAAUCUCUAAUUUGCUCAAUUUGCAAGCCUUCCUCUGUGAUGAAUCAGGUUAUUAGGUGAGAUAGAUCCGUUUCUGAGAAAGUCUGGACCAAAAGCUGACAUUUUGUGGGAUUUUCCCCUGAUCUUUUUUUCCCGCUUGUAGUUUCCUUGAACUGGAAUCUCGCUUAUCACUUUGUCACCCGCCGUCGUCGAACUUUCCCGUUAUCUCUUGUCUUUCUUUCUUUCCGAUUCUUUUUUUUUGGUGGCUGGCGACUUAUCAGUCAGUGAGAAGGUCCUGAUUUGUUCGGCGUGUCUCGAAAGAGAACAAGAUUGGAGAAUCGAAUCGGGAAAAAGAAAUGAAAUCGGUGUGCGCAAUGGCGCGGCCUUUCCCUCUCUUCUCAUUUCCCAGAAACCAUCGUAAUCUCUAUACCCGUCGUCGUCGAGAAAUCUCGUUCUUUCCACGUCUUCUCCUCUCUCGGAUAAUCUAUCUUCCCUUCUUCUUUUUUUUCGACGACACGCCGUUGAUGAUAAUCCUCUUGGUGUCGCCCACCUAUUUUUUUUUCUUUUUCGUUUUUGGCUUACUGAACGAAGCCUAAUUAUGAUGUUUUGAGCAUGUCUGCUUUACCGACCAAACAACAGAAAGUAGAAAAGGUUAUGCUUCAAAAAAAAAGUGUGAAAAAAUAGCCGCGAAAGCAAUCAACUCGCGUGCUCCACGGGUAAUUCAAGCUCGUAAAGUCUGGAGUUUUUUCGAUUUCCCGUUUUCUUUUAUCAAAGAUCAGUAAUGUAGACGGAUGGAGUUUAGAAUUUCAAAAAAACUGAAAAAAAAUGUCCUCUAUUCAUUUGCUCUAUGAAGUUUUCAAUAAAAAUGCGAAUUUUUCUCUCCAUUUAUCAACAGAGCGCAAUUUCUCUGCACGAGACAGCUUUUUUUCUGCUACCAGAUUCAUCACUUUUCAAUUACUCCGAGACUAUUAGUUUUAAUAAGCGCCCCAAUUUAUUCAGCCCCUUUGAGAGAGAAGGAAAAAAGAUUGUACUUUGAAGGGAGCGCAUGAGUCUGGCGUGUUUGCAUGCCGUAUUUGGUUGGUCAUAUGGGAACCGAGUGCAAGGGAGGGAUAUUUUCAGCCGACAGAGAAAAGAGUAGACCCACCUCCUUCCUUCCCCUUUACGUAUUGUGCGUUCAGAGAGCCGACAAAUAUUUGCUCUGUCUCUCUUUUAUAUUUUCCCCCCUUUUCCACGCCAAAUACACACACACACAGACACCAAACACAAAUACAUACAUUUCUCCCAUUUCGUUUCGUCGCUCCUCUGCUACAAUUUGAUUUUGCGUCCGGAAAUAGGGUGUAGCCGUUUUUUUUCGUACGGUGAUUGAUAUUGAAAAAAUAGCCGCGAAAAUUUUGGACAACUUUGCUCUAUUGCAAAUUACUUCCAACAUCUAUACAGUUUUUCCUUUCAUAUAAAACACAGCACAGUCUUUCUACGCAAAAAUUAGGGUGUGAAAAAAAAGCCGCGAAAAUCAUCUCAGCUUUGUGAACAACUUUGCUCUAGCGCGCUUUUCUUUUGAAAAUGUACUGCAGAUCUAUUUUUGCCCUUUUUGGUAUGAAAUUUGAGCUCUGAAAAGACCUUUAAAAGAAUUUUUGAACUUUUCCUUCGAUUUUCAGCUUUUUCUGCAAAAACUUUUGCAAAAGGCUGGGGAUUCCUCCCUCCUUUCAGCAUUGAAAGUCAGCUGAAAAGUGGAAGAAGUCUGAAACUUCUCCAAACUUUUUUUUUGAUCUUCUCCUUUUUUUCUGAAGAAUGUUCUGUUGAUCUCGAGUACCACGCUGUGAUAUUUGUCAGCUGUUCUUUACACGAACCGCCGUUUUUCCUUUCUUCUUUUUCGAGGCGAUCAUAAUACACUUACACUCGGUGUCAUAUAUAGGACCGUAAUUUGCAAUCUGGUUGCCAAAACGUUAUCAAAUCAGUGGCGCCGGCCUCGGCCCCCGUGUGAUUUUGCCCCCCAACGCAAACGACGUUGACAGAUGUUGGAGAGAAGAGAAAAGAGAAAAAAAAAGAAGAGGGCCAGAGAAAGAUCUACUCGUUUUGAAGGGCACGUUGCGUUCUCUGCGCUCAAAACUUUUCUCCCUCUCAUCUUUUUUUUUGUUCUUUCCGCUGGGGACCAACUUUUUUUUCGUUUUUUUGGUUUGAAUUGAAUUGAAUCGCAAUGAAUUGAAUUCAGUUCGGCCUUUGAAUAGAGGAACUACAGUAGGAAACUUUUUUCCGCGGUUUGUUGCAAGACCAAAGGUUCAGAAACCUUUUGAGAAGUCAAUUUUGAGUAGAAGCAUUAGAAAGGCGUUUUUGUUGGGCUUGAGGAAUUUUUCAGAUAUGAAAUAGGCUUUUUUCCUAUUUUAGGGCUCCUUUCAAGUUUGCUGUAAGAAUCAUAACCUACAAAAACUAGUAAAUAGAUAUUUUUUUUUGAAAAUUAAACGUAGAUCAAUUAGAUCAAAGAUCACUUCAAUCUCCCAAAAAAAUAUUUCUCUCUCGAGAAAAAACUCAGCCUUUUUGCUUUUUUCAGUUACGCUCGGUUAUUAUUUCAACACUCCCGAAAUCUCAAUUCUCUUGAUCCGUUUUCGAGCUCAAAUGACGUCAUAAAUCGGGUAGCGGCGAUAAUUUCCGGCCUCUGCUGACCCUCCCUCCCUCUCUCCAUGUGUGCUGUGCUUUGACGCUUCGGACCAUAAAUCACGAGGGCCAGCUGCUGCGCGCGAGAAGCGUCCGACUCUCCCCGACUUGUUGGCCCAGAAAAAGGGAUCUUUGAAUAGACUAUUAACGGAAUAAAUUGGAUUUUUCUAUAAAAUGCAAUUUUCAACUCAAAUAGGCCGAUUGUUCACCUGAAAGUGCGCUCCAUAUACAAAUACGUGAAAAAUGUGAAAAAAUAUAGGAAAGCUCGGAAAAUGAAGAUUUCGCUCAGGAAAUGAAAAGGAAAUCAGUAAUUAUAGAAUAAUGAUGCAUUUUUCGUUUCACUUUGAAAUUCGAUCUUUGCGUGAGAAUUCAAAGGUUUUUCUGGAGAUUCGUAUCAAAUUUUCAUCAAAAGCAGGAUUUUUGUGAGAUUACAAGAAGAUUGUUAAUCGUAAGAAGAAACAGAUUAAAAAUUUUUUAUUGGUUUUCAUCUUAAUUUUGUAUUUUAAACUUUCCAAAUUUUGAUUAAAGUGGGCUAAAUUUUGACCAAUAAAAAGAAGUUUUCGCGACAAUAUUCUUCGAAAAAUUGAUCCAAGUUUCGUCAGGAUUUGAAAGUUUCCAAGCUAAAUGUUUCGGCUGAACUAUUUUCACAAAACGGAGAGAAAUAGAGAAAACGGCGGAGGUCCGUCUGUCCGUCACGCCACCGCCGUGGGCGGUCGGUUGCAGCCGCGUCGUCGUCGUCGGAGGCAUUUUCUCUCUCUUUUUCUCUCCGUCUCUCCCAUUGAUUGCACUCUCUCCGUGUCUGCGUCUCUUUCUAUCUCACUUUUUUUUUCCGCCACCGUCUCUCGGUGGAAUUUGAGAGAGAAUGACCGCGAGUCUUUUUUUUUUCCUUCUCUUCUCUUUUUUUUUUUGCUCGCUCCGUCGUAUUUGCGCGUCCUUUUCUUCUUCUCAUUGUCUCGCGCGUUUCCUCCUUUUCGUUCCUUGGUUGGUUGGUUGGUGCAUUUAUUUGCGGGGUUUCUUUUUUGGUUUCCUGGCCUUGAGGUGAUCAAAAAGUAGUUUUCGAGAGUUUAGUCGAGGAUUUGUAGUUUAAAAGAACGUUUGAGAUCGCGGGUUGUACUCUAGCAAGGUUUUUAUCUCCAUUCUUUGUUCUUUUCAUUUAAUUCGACAUUUUGUUUAUAAAAAAAAAGUUUUGGUUUGAACUAACAUGUUUUUGGGAGCCUCUUUAUAGUUUCAAACAGUUUCUGAAGUUCAAAAAUAGAAUUUUUCUAGUUUUUCCUUUUUUUAAGUUUAUUAAAUUUUUGAAGUUGAUUUUUUUCAGCUUUUUGAAAAUAUUAGGAAGUAGUUUCUUCAAGCGGAGCUGAAAAAUAUGUUUUUUUAAUGGCCUGUAGACGUUUUAUGAAAGUUUUGAAGAUCAAAAAUAAAUUUUUUUGAUUUUUCUAGAUUUGCGAGAACAUUUCGAUUUUUUUAGAUGAUUUGAAAUUUUCUAUUCAAAAAAACUUCUUUGCGAUUUUUCCUAUUCUCUCAACUUUUUUGUUCUUCUUUUUCUUUUGUGGGAGGCAUUUGAGCUGUUCGAGUCUUCAAAGGGAUUAUUCUGAUUGUCUUUGUUUGAUGUAAUGGAUGAGCUUUUAUAAAGGUUGGUUUCUGAUCGAAUCAGAAAGGGCUUCUUUUUUGUCUUCUUUCCUUUGUAUCUGGGUUUCGGAAGCUAUUAACUUUCCGAUUGUUAGAUUUUUGAGCUUUUAGAGAUGGGUCGGGCGGAUUUUUUUAUUCUGCAAACUUUAAAAGCUCCUGCGAUAGUCUGAAAACUUUUCGAAGUUACGAAAAGUUUGGAAGUUCAUCUUUGAAAAAAUCCUCUCAAUUUUCCGGAAAAUUCCCCAGUUUUAUCAUGGAUUUUAUAAAUGUCAUAGUCGAUUUACCGCACUUUUACGACUGGAAAAUUGAUAAAUUCUGUUUUAUUGGUUUGAACUUUUGAGUCUUCUGCCCAGAUAAUCUUAUCAAUUCGAUGCGAAGUACGACUUUUCAUCAUUCUUAUUUGUCUGUGGAACGGAGAAAUAUAGUCAAGAUGUAGUUAUUUUGGUGGCCUCUUAUUUUUGUCCGAAGAAAGAUUGAAAAACAGAAAUUUUUGUAGUUUCACACGCACGAUUUGUAGCACUUUUGAACGACUACGUGAUUUCCCAGAAAUGACUCGUGUUUUCCCAUGGAAUUGUAUCUUUCCACGUGUUUUUGUUUCUUUUUCUCUUUUUUUUCAUGUGAAAGUCUGAAAGGUUUUUCCAUGGAUUUUCCCUGGACUCUUGGUGUUGAUGAAAUGGGAAAAAGCAAUUAAAAAGCCCUUUCUUUUUUUUUCACACGGCUUUUUUUGUUUCAGAAAAGGAAUAAAAGCUCUCACUUCCGGUUUCGGUUCUUUAUUUUAUUCCAGUCUUUCAAAGUUCAUUUGCGACUUUUUCUAGUUUUCAAUUUUUUUUUCUCUGUAUGAAAAAUUGAUUUAAAAAGUUCCAAAUAGUAUGUUUAGUCUUUGAUCAUUUUUAAGACUACAGAUCACUCAGUUUGAGAUAUUUUGGUGAAAAUUGAAAUUUUCUAUAUUUUUUUCGGCUUUUUGGAAUCUUUCCUCAUAAAUUUCACCGUAAAAGUUUUUGAAAUUCAUUAAAUUUCUCUAUUCAAGUUCUCAGUCUCAUUUUCAGUUUUCUCCUUUCGUUUUUCUAUCUCCAUCCUACGAAAGAACCCACCAAAAAUCGACAGGAACAGCUUUUUUCUCCUCGUUCCCAUUCUUUAUUAUGUCUCGAAACGAAAAUAUUGAUGAAUCGUUUUGCAGACACCGAAAUCGGCGCCGAAGGACGUAAAGAAGAAGAAGAAUAAGACGAAGAAGAAGAAGGAGCGUGAGAUAAACAAGAAGGAAACGAAGAAAAAGGAGACGCCGCAGGAAAAAGCGACGAAGAAGAACAAGAAGAACAAGAAGAAGAAGGAGGAAAAAGCGACGACGACGACGACGGCGAAAAGGAAACCGAAGGAGGAGACGCUGAAGCUGGACAUGCGAAGCCCGGGAACGACGAUGGUCGAAGCAGUUGAUCAUCUGAAGAGGCCCGCCGACCACACGACUUCCACCCCGCCGCCGCCCUUGAAAGUCCCCAAGAUCGACCCGGAGAUCUUCCGGUUCGUCUGGCUCUUGAAUAUUCAGAUUUUGAGUGGAACUGAGUGAACUAACUUGAGGUUGAGGUCAUUAGCUUAAAAAUAAAUUAAAUGGAGAAAUUUUCUUUGUGGAAAAAUCAGUUUUUGAGAACGAGAGGAAAUGAGAAAAAUCACCAGGUAAUCAGCAAAAGAAGUAGAAAAAUGAUAAAAUGAUGAUUUAUGAAUCUUUUGCCAUGUGUGUCUUUCUGAGCGUUUUACUACAAAUAUUAAAGUUUAAGAAUAAGAAAAAAAUAAAAAAAAAUCCCCCGAGGCUGAAGUCUUCAGCAUAGAAACAAGUUGUGCAAAAAAAAAAACUAUCUAUUAAAUAACAGUACAGUUUUUUAGUACCUAUUUAUCCAUCGGUUCACAUCCAUUUUUAUUUUUGGAUUUUUUUCUGUACCUGAACAUCUUUUUUGCUUUUGAAAGUUAUGUUUCUUCUUUUUCCGCCAAAAACUUUUUGUUUUUAUGGUCCCGAUUUUCGGUCAGGAAAAUCUCAAUCUUUACACAUGAUCUUUCUCGAUUUUAAGCUUGAGAUUAGUAGGUGUGGUCUUCUGAUUCGGACUUAUGUAUAGUGUACACUCUGAUAGAGACAAAGAGAUAAUCCUGAUCCGUUUGCAGAAAUGGAGUGAUCGGCAUCGCGAAGCCCGACGCCUCCUUGGGCGUGACGACGGCGUCGACCAGCGCCGGCGGACUUUACGACCAAGUCAACAAUUUGAACCGUCAGGCACAAGGUAUUGGAGUUGGGAAAUUGAUGGAUAUGGUUGUUAUAAUAGUAAAAAUAGUUUUAAAAAACAUUGUAAAAAAUCAAAGGAUCAAAUAGAGGAUGGGCAAAAAAAUAAAAUAAUAUUUGAAGCCUCGAAAGUUGAAGAAACAUGUGGAAAAACUCAAAGAAAGACUGUGAAAAGUAAAAAAAAAUAGGUCCACAAAAGCUUGAAAAAAAAAGCUUAAAAAUUAAUUCAUUCGUUUUGAAAUGUUCUUGGAUUUGUAUGUCUCGGCAACAAAAAGAUGAGUAAAACAAAUGAAAAAAACUCAAAUUUAUGCCUAUUUUUUUCAUACAGAAAGGGUACCGCAAAAAGUUGAAAAAUUACAGAAAAAAACAAUUUUUUUACUAUUUUUGAAAAGUUCAAAAAACUUCAAUAGCUUCAUUUUUAUUUUUUGUUUGGCAGCUAUCCACUUAAUUGAGGCUCAGUUGUUCCAUUCUUUAGAAAUAUUUUAAUUUUUUCUGUUUUUGAAGUUCAAGAAAGUAAUUUCAAAAUUUUCCACCUCUUCUUGCAAUUUUGCACUCAAUUUAGGCUCAGGGAUCUAUGCUCUAGCAAUCUAAAAAGCAAUUUUAUUUCCUUCUCUUUUUGCCCCACGGCAAGUUGAUCGAUUCCAGGAAGUUUGGCGGAAGCGAGGGCGGCGACGACGGCGUCUUCGCUCUACGUGAACACGAACCCGCAGGGGCUGAUGUCGCAAAACGCCUUGCUGACGGCGGCGACCACCGUCGCCGGCAUGGAUCCCCUGCGGCUCCUGCAGAACCCGGCCCUGGCCGCCGGACUGGUCAACGGCUCCUCCCUGCAGCCGCCCUUCUUGGCCAGCAACGGUGCCACGAUCCCGCUGUUCAGCGUCUUGCAGCAGCAGGUUCGCCUUCUUUUCGAAGAAAGCUCAUUUCACAAAAUAAUUGUGGCUUCCAUAAAAGUUGGCCAGAACACUUCUUGAUGUUCUAGAUGGGGAAAGUCUUAACCUGCAUAAUUUUCUAGUUUUUAAAAAGGGAUAAGUCUUUCAAAAUAGGCCUUGAAGUAGUUUUGGUAUCAAGCUAGAGGUUUCAACUUUUAAACAAAACGGAAAGACUUUCUAUAGUCAAUUUUUCCCGACUUGAAAGAUAACAUGAGCAAAUUGGUUAGGUAGAUUUUUGAGUACGAUUUUUGGCGGGAUUUUCGAGAUCAAACUCGAAUCACAUCUUUUUUUUGACAGUUUUCGAUCAUUUUUGUGGUUUUUUUUUUGGUUUCUCUGGCCUCAUCGUCUUUCGAUUCGCGAGAAAUUGACCGAAUGAAACCUUUUUUCAACUUAUUUGCGUUUCCCACGGAUUUUCAAGAAAGGCAUUUUUUUUCAGCAUUAAUAAGCUUCCUUGUAUGGAGUUUGAUCUUUAUGAAACCUUCUGUAGCUGUAAUGACUGUCACUUGUACAACUAUGGUCGAAGUUCGCAAAAAAAAAAGAAAAGCAACUUUGAAAAGUUUCAAAUAGAUCGAGCUCUAUACGAGAAAUCUGUGAGCAAAGAUUUUUUUUCCUAUUUUCUCUGAAGACACUGUCCAUGUGAGAAGUCAUUGAUGUAAUCCGCAAUCACCUUUUGGGUGUAUCCAGUUUCCAACCAACGUAUUCCAGCAACUCCAAGCAGCUCAAGCGGCUCAGUCCCUCGGAGCCUCAGCUGGACCAACUUCUCAAGCUCCGCAAGUCGUCCCAAACGUGCAGCAGAACCUUCAAACAGUGCCAGGUGAGAUUAUUUCUCAUUAAAUUCCCUAAUUAAUCAACCUUUUCAAGGCCUGAACCUGCAAUUCCCGGCCAACGCCGCCCUGGGAUCCCAACUGGCCGGAGCCGCCUUGAUGGCCCAAGCUCAAGUCCCAGCUGCUCCCAAGGUACUUUAAUUUAAUUUUGAAUACUGUAACCAUCAGACAUCACUCUUCAAUCUAACGUUCAUCUGUUCGUAGAAUUCACCCGAUUUUCACCUGUUUUUAAGCCUUGCAGGUGCAAAAUAAGGCCCGAUUUUGAGAAAGUCCGAAAAGUUUUCGGGGCGUGAACUUUAAAUUUGAGGAAUAGGUUGUAGUUUUGAGGAUAAUCUUUGGGAAGAAAAUUAGAUUAAAUAAUUUUUCGCCUUUAAAUUUUCACUUGCAAAUUAAGUUUUUUUGUCUAAAAAAAUUUUUUUAUCAGGGGUUAAAUGUCCAAAAGAAGUUUUUCAGUUGUAUAAAUUUUUUUCCUACAGCUCAAUUUUUUUGAAAAAGUAAGAAAUAAAUGACAAAAUAUUUAAAAAAAUGUUGAAUUUGAAUGAAAAAAAUUGGGCGAUAACGCAGACACCAUGGUUCCUUUUUCAUCAAUUUUUUUGAAAUUAGGAUUUUUUUCUUCUGAAAAAAAUAUUUCAAAAAAAACGAAAUGAUCUUUUUUUCACAAUUAUUAAAGAGCCAAUCUUUGCAGAGACCUGGUCGCUGGUGUGGAAUGCACGUCCGCAUCGCGAUGGACAUCAGCAACAUGCGGAAACUGCACGAAAAGAAGGAGGUGGCGCUGAACGUCAACGGCAGCGAGGAAGACGCUCCUCCGACGCCGGUCUCCAUCCAGGCGCCUGCCCCGACUUCCAACACGAUUCCCUUGGACGUCGCUCCCUCGGCGGUCGUUCCGGCUCUUCGGACCGACGUCACGUCGGCAGUUCAGCCUCACUGUCCUCCCUCCACCAGCUCCAUCUCCAAUCCGUAUGUUUUUCUGAUUUUUAAGUUAAAGUUUUUUUGAAAUGAAAAAGCGGUCGUAAAUCGAAAAAAAGACCAAAAUAAUCUGCAAAAAAAAUAUUUCAAGAAAAAAAUUUCAACAUGGUUUUUCAUGUAACCAGUUUUUUUCCAAGCCUCGUGAUUAUUAAUAUUCAAAAUUUUCCAGUUUACCAACUUUUCUGAGAUUUUGUUCAAUUAUUCCUUCCAGCAAGGUUUAUUUCCUUGUUUUCAGAUCUCUGGCCGCCAACAUGGUCGUUUCCUCCAUGGGAAAUGUCAACUAUUCAGCACCCUCAAAUAUUGUUAGUGCGAAUUUGCAGGAGGCGGCCCGAAAGCUCCAGUGAGUUCCAUUUCACACCUUUCAGUCUUAUCUUUCCUGUUUCAGAGCCCCACCGAAACCGCCGUCGGCACAACCUCCAGCCGCCGUCUCGGCACGACCCAACGGACCCUCGGUGACGCCCGUGAACAACGGACAGAACUCGCUGAGCAUGGCGCCGCCCGCCGUUUCCGGAAGCCUGACCAACGGGAUCAGCGACGCGGCCGCCUCCCAACAGCAGGCCAUGCUCCAGAUCCUCAUGCAGCAGCAGCAACAGCAGCAGGCCCAACAUCAGCAGCAGCAGCAGCGCGAACAGCAGAUCCAACAGCAGGUCUGUCUUUUCUCUUCACGGACAUUCUCUAAAAAUUCGAAAGUUCUUUAAAAAGAAAUGAUCAAAAUUAUCUAAUUUCCUUAGUUUCAGGUAGCUAACUCGCUCCAGUCGCAGUUAUUGAUGGCGGCAGCCCAACAACAUCAAAACCAACAGUCUCAACAAAAUCAACAACAGCAACAGCUCCAACUCCAGCUUCAACAGGCUCAACAAGCUCAAGCUCAAGCUCAAGCCCAGCAGCAGAACCAACAAUCUCAAGCUCAACAACAACAACAACAACAACAACAACAACAACAACAACAGCCGAUUCGUUUCGAUCAGGCCGCUCUGCUUCUUCAAUUGCAAAUGGUAAGAGGCUCAUUUUGGUGUGACGAUACUCAUGAAAACGUUCAGAUGAACCAAGAUCCGACCCGCAUGGCGCUGCAAGUCGCCCAGAUGGCCGCGUUGUCCGGACUCCCUCAGACUUCGACCGCCAAUCAGAUCAAUCAGCUCGAUAUUCUGAGAGCCGCUCAGGAGCAGCACCAACAGCAGUUGCUCCUCGCCCAGCUCACUCAAGGAGCCGGUGCUGAUCAGCGAGAGAUGCUUCUUCGCCUCCUCUCUCAAGCUCAACCCCAGGUCGUACCUCAACAACCUCAACAACAGCAAGCACAACAAGCGAACCGACCUGCCAGCAUGGAAGCUCUGUUCGCCAUGCAGCAUGCUCAACAACAGCAACAGGCUCAGGCCCAAGCCCAGCAGCAACAGCAGCAGCACCAGCAGCACCAAGCUCAACAACAACAUCAGCAAGCACAUGCUCAGGCUCAAGCUCAGGCUCAGGCUCAAGCUCAAGCUCAAGCUCAGGCCCAGGCCCAAGCUCAGGCUCAAGCCCAGCAGCAGCAACAACAGCUGCAAUCCCGUCUCCAAAUGGCCGGACUCAACGCCAACCUCAUGCCGCCCUCCUCGGCCGCCCUCCAGAACGGCUCGGCGUCCAUGCCAGGCCUCCAACCUCAGGCUCAGACCUCCCAGCAUCAGGCUCUCUUCAACCAGGCUCUACUCGGAGCUCUCCCCCACAACCUCCUCGGCCAGAAACUCCCCUUCCCAGGGAAUGGCCAGCACAUUCCGCAGCUCAAACGUGACGAUCUGGUGCCAAAUGGCCGUUAG